AUGAGGCUCCCUCGAUAUAUAUACCCACUAUCAACAGUGGUAUCCCUCUUAUCAUAUCUAUCUUUUGUAAAUGCACAAAUAACAGUAAUAGAAACUAUAACCGUCCGUUCGAAUUCAACUGUUACUGUUACCCGUCAAUCUCUCGCGGAUGUAACAUCCUGUGGUGCUGCUGCACUCCCUCUUUGCAAAGACAUUAUCACACUAUUUUCACCUUCAUUCCCUUUUGCGUCAAAUACUACUUCUCCUGCAUCGUCAACUGAAUUAUCUUCAGUAGUUGAGACUUCAACAUCGACUUUGGGCGUUGAAACACCGACUGGAACACCUAUUGGUUUCUUGAUCACCGCUACUAUCGCUGGUGAUGAUGAUUAUUAUUUCUCUUUUAAUACUGGAUUAGAAGGGGAUGUAGGUGUUGGUCUUGUACCCCGGACUUGGGGUGGUAAUGCUACUCGGUGGUUUUUGUAUAACGGAUAUUUAAGGGAUCAUAAUCCUCCUUUUUAUAAGUUUUUAUGGUUGGAUCCGGAUUUAACCUCUUCCACUCUCAAAAAGAAAAGAGAUAAUGGUGCGGUUGUGGUUUAUAAUCUAAAUCGAUCAUACGACUACGACCGAGCAACUGAAAAUCCAUUGGAUUCUUUACGAAGCGUUUCUAGUGGAUAUUCUGUUAGGAAUUCUAUCGAUACGACUUUAUUAUUAAGAUCAGAUGGAGUUUCUUAUUCCUUUGCUGCGGUGGAGGAAGGAGGGGUGUAUAAUGUUAUUGGAGUACAAUCAGAUGAUAUUGGUGUUUUGGAGGAACGAUAUAUUCCUAUUACUUUAAAAGCCGCGAUAAAGGCUUUACCCACCUCGUCGACGGUAAUCAGUCCCAAAACGACGGGAACGAAGACUUCUACCUCUGUUACGACUACAACGGAUAUAGAUUCGAUUUCUAGUAUUUCCGGUUACGCCGGUUCUGCCACGGACGAUGGGGUGAUGUACAUCCAAACCUCACCUAUAAACCUCGGUACCCCGGCCCCCGUCUAUUUAAAACCCAUAUCACCGUUCGGUGGGAUAGUCAAUUCUAGUUCGUUGGAUACCAUAAAACCGGAUGUUCAAGCUAAAAUGUUUUAUGGAGCGAAGGGACAGGAUGGGGGGAUGAUUUUGGGGAAUUUGAAUGUGACUUUUCCUUAUCGAUCGGUUUAUUUGGAUCAUAGUGGGUUUGUGGUUGGUAUUGUUUGUAAUGGGAAUAAUAGUAUGACUGUUACUUGGGAGAGUUCGGACCGUGGGAAAGGGGCGUGGAUGUUUGCGAGGGAGACGUGGGAGACGCCGGUAUUGUUGAUUUCGGCGGGGAGUUCGUGUCCUAGGUUUAGUAAUGAUACCGAAUCGUUUCUUAUCGCUGAAGAUUUACAAUUUUUGGAGGUAUCGGGUGGAUUGACGACGACGACGACGACGACAGUUGCUACUGGGACUUUCCAACCGCUUGAGGAGUUGAUAGAGAGUCUUUCGUUGGAUGUUGGGCCGGCGAGUUCGGGUGUUCCGUUUGAUUAUGUGCCUGAUAUUGGGACGCCGAAUUCUGGGGAUACAGGGUUGAAGUUUGUGAAUAUUGGGAGGGAUUUUAAUCAGCGGUUGAAUCAGGAGAUUGGGUUUUUUGAUGUUUCGACUGAUGGAGGGGUUGCUGCUGUUAUGGAGGCUUUGUAUCCUAUGCCAUCGAUUGGGACGACGACGAGGACUAUGAGGAUGGAGAAUAUGAGGAUGAGGAGGAGGAUGGGGAAUUCAAAACGUGGGUUUCUGUCAGGUCUUGCGGACGCUUUGGCGAGGACUGCUUUGGCUAUAGCAGAAGCACUAGCCAAAGCAGCGAUAGAACUUCUCGCAAAAGUCUUCGGCGAUCAAGACGGUGCAAUCGCCUGGAAAACCUUCUUCACACCAGACAGCAUCGGAAGGGAUUCUCUAAACCAAAGAACCAGUACCGCCUGCUCCAGUUAUAUUCGAAAAAUAGGACCAUGGGGUUGUCAAGUCCGUCUAUGGAUGUUCCUCCCCAAAACCGUUACGACGGCAUACGCACAAAUGAGCGAUCAAAUCUCCAAAUGGGGUAAUCAAUUAGUCGGACAGACGACAUAUGCUACCCCUGGUAUUGAAGUCUACUGCGUGGAUUGUUAUGUCGAUUUAGCGCUUGACGUUAAAUACUCUUUACGAAGUAAUUCGACGGGGAUCACGGAAGCAUAUGCGUUCGUAAAAGGGAAUAUGACGCUUCAAUUACAGAUCGGGAUGAAUGCUUAUUGGGAGUAUGUAUGGAACGGAACUACGAAGUUGACGACGAUAGGAUUGGGACCUAUCAACAUUGGCAAGUUAUUCCAGUUCGGACCGUACGUUGACGUACAAUUCCAGAAUGAUGUGAAACUUGCACUUGUGGGACAGUUACUAUUGGGGUUUUCGGCCAGAUGGCCGACGGUGGAUGGGAGGGUUGAUUUUGUUAGUGUUGAUAAGGGGGAUAAUUACAUGUCCGGGUUGACUUCGCCGGCUGUUACGAAGAUUUUGCAGGUUUAUGGGAGUGUUACUAUUACGUGGACGAUUGGGUUGCCGGUUGCUAUUGCUUUUGGGGUGAAGGUUGAUGCUGGGAAGGUGUUUCAGUGGGAGAAGGAUGUGAGGUUUUCGGUUACGCCGAGGGUGGUUGUGGCGGUUACUUUUAUGGAGUCUGGGGCGGUUAGUGGGAGGUUGAGGAGGGAUGUUGAUGUUGAUGUUGAUGUUUUUGGAUUUGAUGGUGGUGGUGGUGAUAAAGGUCUUAUGGUUCGACCGCCUACUGAUGUGGAGGUAUUCGAACGACAGGAUUCGUCGGAACAGUAUUGUGUCGGAGCACUGGUUAGUGCGUACACACAAGUCAUCUUCGAGUUCAUAUUCGGCGACAUAGCGACAUUACCACUAUUCAUCUGGCCGGCAGCCAGUAACCCGUUUUAUCUAUUCACUCCAACCUGCCUGGGGAGAUGGGUAGACGUUCCCAUGUGUCAAAAAUCCGCCGUGGCGUCCCUAAAAGCCGAUUCCAACAGGGAAAUAUUCUGUUCUGGAAUCUACGGCUGGACGAGUAAAACUACUACUUCUACGGUGAUAACCAGGGAGGUUAAGACGACUAGCGGGGUGGCGAUGGGGUCUACUACCGAGACUGUUAAUGUGCUGGGAAGACUGACGGCUACGCAUAGGGUUUAUACGCUGACAAUUACGGGGUAUGCUACUUCGAGGGUGUCGGCGGGGUGUACGGGGGCUGCGUCGGCCGAGACUUUGGCUAGUAGAGCUGUGGUUACGAGUGCACCUGUACCUGUACCUGUGUCUGUGGGUAUGGAUGUGGUUGAGAGGGCGGGGAUUAGUACACCGUCAUAUUUUAAAGGGUGGAAUGUGGCUUCGCUUUCGAGUGCCUGUGGUUGUCUGUUGAUAGCACCGCCGGGGACGAAGGUUAUCUACGAAACCUCAACAACCCCGGGAGGAACCAGUACCUCAUUCUCCACGCAAUGGAUAACAACCAGCACCACAAUCACCACUUCAAACAUCACCGUAGAAACCGUAACUCGUACCGGCGCCACGGCUAUCUACACCACACUACCCGCCGCCCUUACCCAAUCCUUCCCAGCCGCUCAAUACUCACUAGCAUCCUACACCGCCACCGCAACCGCAGACGCAAGUUACACCAUCCUCUUCAAGAACUACAACUUCGAAAUCAACGGUGAAGACCUAGCAUCCUGUCCCUGCGGCGGAAGUGGUCUAACAUGUAACUGGAUCGAUCCCGUCCGUACAAACCCCUCUUAUGACAUGACAUCCACCUGUUCAAACCUAAACGACUGUAACACAAUCUGCACAAACAUAAACUACCUCUACGGCGCCACAAACCUCUGCGUCGGAACCGUAUUCUACCCUCCACCUAGGAAUCUAUGUGUUUUUAAACAUAAAUUACAAGGAUUAAGUAAUAUUACGGAUAAUGCGGAUUUGGUGGAUGGGUGUGGUGUUGAGAAGGAGGUUGCGGGGGUUAAGGUUGAAAGUGGGGUUGUGGAUUUUACGACGGUGGGUUGGUUGGAGUGGAGGUAUGAGUAUGGGUAUACGCAGUUGGCGGUGGAUUAUUUGGGGGAUCCGUUGACUUUUCAUAGGAUGUUGGAGGGGAGUGGGGUUGAUUAUCUUUGGUAUAUGGAUGAUGGGAGUACGAUUGGGCUUAAUUGGAAUUAUACUAUAUAUGUUACUUGA